CGUGACAUAACGCGCUUUUCAAAGGUGUUAAAACGCGCUCUGCUUAAAGAGAAAGAAGACGUGUUGCAUCUAACCAACACUUGAUCAACACUUCACUUCCUCCAUCUGAACAGCAUCUCCUUCAACCGAUCAUGACGGGAAACAACGAUGAGAAAUCAGGAGCAGCUUUUGAACAAGUGAAUGCUCUACUAGUAGAUAGAGGAUUGAUCGAUAAACCAUUAGAUGUAAACGGACUAUCUUCUUCAAGUAUAAAGAGCAUUGCAAAUUUAUUGCAUUCUCUCGUUUCACAAAGACAAAAAGAUGCAGACUUUCGUGAAGAGCUAGCAAGCAAGAAUCGUGUACUAGAAAGCUCAGUAGAAAGGACAAAGAAAUUUUGGAGAGAGGAUGAAGAGAAACGGGCUGAAUGCGAACGAAAAUUAGAAGCCAGCAAAGCCAAUGUUGAAACCUUGAACGAGGAACUGAAAGUGUCGAAUACCACCUUGAGAAAGACAAAAGAAGAACUACAAAAGACAAGAAAGGAUCUUCUUGUGAUCAAACAACAGGCUGCACAGCAAAAGCUUGCAUCAGAGCGACAGAUGGAAAGACUGCGAGCCAAAUUCACAGAAGAGAGUAUAAAGAGCUUGCGAACACAACUUCCAAAAGUCUACCUACCUGGUUCUUCGACUGGGCCAUCGCGCAGAUCACGAUUGGACAAUGAAAUUGAUGAUGCUGCAAUCGGAAGAAGACAGAUCGAAGAACUUGAACAACGCAGACGCGAGCUGAUGGACUACAAUGCAGGAUUAAAAAGAAUGGCUACCGAAUGUAUCAAUUUGGCCAGAAGGGCAGCUUCACAUAUGGAAGAUUUGGUGGCAGAGAAUGCAGAUGGUUCAGCAACGACCAACACUGGAAAGCUUGAUGAUGCUCCUUUGUAUCAACGAGAUCUGUUCCCACCUUUGAGCAUUGGUAUGCUAAAGGCUGAUUAUAGUGCGGCCCUAAGUUCAACACGAUCAUCAGCAGUGCCAAUGCAUCCAGCAGUCGUGGUCUUGAAUCGAACAAACGAUACAAUCGAAACGCAUGUCCGAAAGCUAAAACAAGGCAAAUCAUUAAGGAUAUGGGCACGUAUUCAAGAAGCACGUCGAAGGAUGCGUGAGUCAAUCUCUUCAACAGAUGAAAUCAACACAAAGGAGAACGCAGCCAAAGACGAAAGCGUACGUUCUACUUCUACACUACACGAAAGUGAUCUUGUAGGAGAGGUGACUGCUAUCGCUCACAAUAGUGUGGUGGACGAAGAAGAGUUGAACAAGCUACAGGACUUGUUGGCCCAGGCGAUGGAACGUAACGAACAGCUAGAAUCCCACAUCGAUCAAUAUGAACGUGAGAUACAAAGUAUGGACGCAUUAAAGAGUGAAGAUGCAGAAGAACGGGGUAAACAGAUGGCAGAAGUUGAAAAGCAAAGACAACGAUACUUGGAGCUUUGUAGAGCGCUAGAACAACAAGAAGAAGCGAUCGUACAAGAACGUGAAAGAAUGAUUAGACAACGUGAACAAGAAACAUUGGAACAUUCGUUAAGUAUGGCAGGUAAUUCAUUUUCCAUCAAUAAUUCCGUCAUGAGUAACCCGCAUAUGAUGGCUCACAGUGACUCUUCUAGAACGGCUGCUUAUGAUCCUGCGCCAGGCAAUGAAAGCCAAGAGACAACCUUCAAUUACGUUUCUAGACCGGCAACGAUAUCGGAAAUGUAUGAAUCAACUCCACAAAUGCAAAACAAAUCGAUCGGUAUGAAACGAUUACGUAAUGAAGAAACAAAUCUGCCUUCAACGAUAACCGAGAAGGAGAAUGUCAAGCCUGCUAUUGGGGGAAGAGGAUUAGGAAUGGCAAAGCGUGUUCGAACAGGAUCAGCAGAAUCAACACAGCAAAAUAAAACUGGCACACAAGUGAUCGGAGGAACAGAGAUGCGAUUCAUCACAAUGCGAAAACAAAGAAGUUCUCAAAGAUGAAUUGAAAUGAUCGGUUACAACAGAUGAAGUUUUGUACAAUAAUGUGUAUGAAGUAGAAAGAUUUCGGAAAUGUACAAUCAAGUAAUUCUAUUAUGUCUCAGUCUAGCUCGAUAGCUUCUUCUUCUCUAGCCCCGGUGUGUGGUGUUACUUUUGCCCGUUUAUUUGAAUCGCCAUUAGCAUGAACUUUCUUUUGUUCGGCAGAUGCUUCUUCAUCUUCUCUCUUGCGUUUUGGUGCGGAACUCGAACCUUCAGGCGCCUGUACUUCUUCCACGACAUCAUCUGAAUCAUCCGAAUCUGGAUGAGGUCUUUUGAGUGUUGGCUUAGC